GAUGCUGUGCGACGGAUGGAGAUCCGGAUCGAGAGGAUCUCCUCCGCAGCUGCGCAGUGCCUGGAAGGCCUCGACGCUGCCGAGCGCUCGGCAAGCGUGGCAGAGCGGAAAGCUGGUGAACUCAAGGAGCGCUCGGAGCUUCAAACCGAGAGCUUGGAGGCCCUGAAGAGCGCCGAUGCCGAUCGCCAGGCACAACUUGAUCGGCUGGUGGGGGCAUUGACGGAGCUGGGCGAAAGCCACAAAGGGAUCCGGGCUGAUGUGGAGAGCUUCCGCAGCGUCGAUAGAAGGCACGUGGAGGAGGCCCUUAGCCGCAUCGACGCCCGGCUCGAGCGCCUUGCUGCGACGGCGGCCCAGAAUGCCGAAGGCCAGGCAGACAUCAAAGCCUUCGCACGCGAGGCUGCUGAGAAGGUGGCCUUAGAUGCCCGCGACCUCGUGGAACAGCGCUCCGGGGAGCUUCGCGACCUCCUCGAUCGGCAGUCCUUUGACACUGCUGGAAAGAUCGAGGCACUGAACGUCCUGGAUGCCGAGCGCUUGCAGCAGCUGGACCAAGUCUCCAAAGCUUGCAGCGACCUCGCCGAAGCCCGGAGAGGCCUCCAGGCCGAGGUGGAGCAGGGGCGAGCUAGCGAUCGAAGGCAAGCGGAGGAAGUGUCUCGGCGCCUGGAACAGCGCCUCGAGGCCCUCUCCACGUCCUUGAAUCAAUGCUCUACAGGGCUCGCAGAUGCCCGGACGCAGAGCCGAGAGCUCGUCGACCUACGGGCGACUGAGCUCAAGGACCAGCUGUCUAGCCUCAGAGAUUCGCUGGGUGGCGCAGCUCAGGAGGCGCUGAACCUGGCACGCCGGCAUGAGUCGCUCGAGGAGCUAACCGACCGGCGUUUUGGCGAAGAGCGCCGGGAGCUGGAGGCACUGAAAUCCUCGGACGCGGAGCGACAGAAGCAGCUCGACAGGCUCAACAAGGCCCUCGGAGAGCAGUCGGAAGCGCGGAAAGGAGUGGCUAGCGACCUCGAGCGCUGCCAAGCUUCGGACAGGCAGCAUGCGGACACGCUGCGACGCUUGGAGACUCGGCUGGAGGCUCUGUCUGCUUCCUCGGUGCAGAUGGCCGCAGGUGUCGCAGAGGCCAAGGUCUUCGCCCGCGAGGCAGCGGAGAAGGCCCAGGUGCAGGCCAAGGAACUCCUGGAGCAGCGCGCAGCGGAGUUGAAGGACCAGGCCGAACGGCGGGCAGCGGAGGCGGCGGCGAAGUUCCAGGCCCUGCAAGCAGCAGAUUCUGAGCGGGAGCAGCGCCUCCAGGAGCUGGCCAAGGCCGGCGCGGAGGCCGCAGCGGCGCGGAAAGGACUUUUAGCCGAAGUCGAGAAAUGCCAGUCUAUCGACAGGCAACUUCAAGAUGAGCUGCGCCGUGUGGACGCCCGACUGGAAAAGGUCUCGGCUGUUGCGGUGCAGUCCUCCGAAGGCCUCGCCGAAGUGAAGGCCUUCGCGCGAGAGGCGACGGACCGCACAGCGAUCUUAUCCAAGGAGCAGCUGGAACUCCGGUCCGCCGAGCUGAAGGAACUCUUUGAGCGCCGAGCUACGGAGACAUCAACGAAGCUUGAGGUGUUGCGGGCCGCGGACGCCGAGCGCAGUCAGGCUCUCGACCGACUGUCCAAGGUGUGUGCGGAGCAGAGUGAAGCACGGAAAGGCAUCGUGGCAGAUGUGGAGCACUGCCAGUCCAGCGACAGGCAACUGGAGGAUGCACUGAAGCGCGUCGACGCAAAGGUGGAGUCUGCCGCUUCGGUGGCCUCGCAAUGCUCCGAAGGUGUCGCCGAGGUUCGCGUCUUUGCACGAGAGGCCGUGGACAAAGCAUCCACGCAGAGCAAGGAACUCCUGGAGCUGCGCUCUGCUGAGCUGAAGGCCCAAAUGACCCGACUACACGAAGAGCUGUCGAAGCAGACCUCGAAGGAGCUCCAAAGUCAAAGCCACUCCCUGGCGGAGCUCUCCCGGCGCGCGGACCAGCGCGCCGAAGCCCUGCAGGAGCUCAUCGAGCGCCGCUGCAGUGACAACGCCUCGAAGGUGGAGGGGCUGCGCCUUGCAGACGUAGAGCAGCAGCAGCAGCUCGACAACGUCUCCAAGGCCUGUACCGACAUGUCACAAGCGCAGAAAGGCAUCCUAUUGGAGCUGGAAAAGUCCCAGUCUGCCGAAAGGCAGCUGGAUGAGGCCGCUCAGCGACUCGACGCGCGCAUCGAAAUGGUGGCCGCGGCGGCGAGCACCUGCACUGAAGGCCUCUCAGAGCAGAAGAAGGCCGGCCGGGAAGCUCUGGAGAAGGCCACUGCCCAGACCCACAGCCAGCUGGAUGCUCAAGCUCAAGAAUUCAAGGGCCUUCUGGACCGCCUCACCACCGAGACCUCCUCCAAAAUAGAGGCCCUGCGGUCCUCGGACUCCGAGCACUCCACGCAGCUCGCUGAGCUCACCCGGGCAGCUGCAGACUUCGCCGAAGCUCGGAAAGGGCUUUCUGCCGACAUCGAGGGCCGGAAGGCGGCUGACAGGCAGCUGGAGGAGGCUCUGCAGCGCUCGGAGCUUCGCGUCGAGCGCUUGGCCGCGCAGGCGGCGCAGGCUGUGGAAGGCGUGGCUGAGAUCAAGGCUUCUACGCGGGAGGCCCAGGACAAGGCUGCGACGCAGCAGGAUGAGCUCAAGGAGCGCCUGGAUCGGAGGGCCUCGGACACUGCUGCGCGGCUGGAGGCCCUGCGCGUGGCAGACGCCGAGCGGGCUGCGCAGUUGGCAGAGCUGCUUCGGAACUUCGCCGAGCUCGGCGAAGCCCGCAAAGGUCUGCAAAGUCAGCUGGAGCAGUGUCAGUCCUCCACGAGGCUCCUGCAGGACUCCUCCCAGCGGACGGAGGCGCGACUGGAGAAGGUGAGUGCCCUCGCAUCGCAGAGCCACGAAGGCCUUGCGGAGAUGAAGGCCUUUGCCCGCGACGUGGCAGACAAGGCAGCGGCCCAGAGCCGCGAACAGCUCGAGCAGCGCGCCGGGGAGUUGAAGGAGCUCGUAGAGCAGCGUAGCUCUGAGAGCAACUCCCGGAUGGAGGCUGCCAAGGCCGCAGAUGCUGAGCAAAACGCCCGAGCAGAGCAGCUAGCGAGAGACCUCGUCGAUCUGCGCCGAGGCCUCAUGUCCGAGAUUGAAAAGUGUUUGGCAGCCGACCGGCAGCUGGAAGAUGCACUCAAGCGAAGCAGCCAGGAGGUCGCCAGAUGUGGCGAAGGCCUCGGAGAAGUUCGCAGCUUCGCGCGCGAGGCGGCGGAGAAGGCAUCCACGCAGAUCAAGGAAGUCCUCGAGCUUCGAGCCGGGGAGCUCAAGGAGCUCUUCGAAAAGCGCGCCGGCGAGGGCGACGCAAAGGUGGAGGCCAUCCGUGCCCAGCAGCGAGAACUGCGUGAACAGCUUGGUGAGGUGGGCCGCAACUGCGACGACUUGGCCGAGGCACGACGAGGGCUCCUGGCCGAUGUCGAGGAAGCGCGGACCUUCGACAGAAGGCAAGACGAUGCCCUUCAGCGCCUCGCGGCCCGCGUCGACCGCCUCGGGGCCUCCUCGGCCGAAAUGUCGCAAGGCAUCGCAGAGGUGCGCCUCUUCGUUCGUGAGUCCGCGGAAAGUGUCGUGGCGCAAACUAAGGCCAGGCAGGACGCUUCCGCCGAGGACACGAAGGCAACCUGCGAGGAGCUCCGAACGCAGCUCCAGGCCAGUAUGGCGGUGUGUCGCAACGAAGCCGGAGAGCGCGAGACACGCCUGGCGGCCCGCCUCUCUUUCGCCACCCAGGAGGCGCAGGAGCUCCGAGGAGGCCUCGAAGAGCACAGCCGGCGCCAGGAGAUACUGGGCGCAGAGCUUCGACAGAUCUUGGAAGAUCGCGUCGCGAAGGUGAACUGUGACAUCCAGGAGCAGAAGGACAUGCUCCAGUCGGCCAAGGACGGUUUGCGCAAGUACAUCGGCGAUGCCCUCCGCAAGUCUGAGCAGAAGCUCCAGGCUCUGACGGCACAGCCGAGAGUCCUUGGCCUCGUCAUGGACCAGAUGGAAGGCUUGGUCAGAGGUGUGACGAAAAGAGAGCUGGAGACGUUCCAGCGCGAGGCCAUUGAUGGCCUCGAGUGGAAGCUGGAGAGAUGUGUGCAGUGGCUUCAUGGCGCGAACGUGAAGCUUGGGCUAAACCCGCAGGGCACUCUCUUCUCCACAGACAGGUUUCGCGACAUGCUUUUCGACGACACCGAGCCGUUGACGGGUCGGGUGGAGCCCGUGACGAGUGCCAGAGGACGCUCGCACACUGCGCGGGUGCGAGUCCCUUCUACCGGCAAGUCGGCCAGGUCGCCCGGAUGA